AUGUCUCGCUUCGCAGCGUUCUACUCUCGUUCUUUUGCUCAAAGACCUUGGUUGACACUAGCAGUGACCAAUGGCGGACUCAGCGUAGUGGCCGACGCGUUAGCCCAAACUUUCGAGCUGUCACAAGCGCAAAAAAGCGGCAACACCACUUCAUCCAGCGGCAGCGGCUUUGAUCUCGCUCGCAGUGCCAGGUUCCUAGCUUUCGGAUCAGCCAUGGCUCCGCUUUUGGCCGAAUGGAACAAGUUCAUAGAGCUCAAAUUUCCCUUGAGGACCGGUGGGCCUGGCUCCAGUGCUGGUCAUGCAAAGACGGGCAGUGGUCUGCCGCUCAAUUCUCACGAGAUGGGAAAAUUGGGCAGUCCAAAGGGCAAAGGGAGCAGCGGUGCGGCAGCUCGAUACUCUACCGCUGCAGCUGCGAACAUGGGCAAAGUCAGCUUCUUGGCGCUAGGCAAGCGAGUCAUUGUGGACCAAGGCACAUUGUAAGUCGCUGUCGGAUCCUUAGCAUUCCGAUUCUGCGCCGGAUAGCUCCACCUCGAACUUUCACAAUGACCAAUCUCACGGCGUCCAUCUCUUUGAUCUCAGUGCACCGUUCGGUCUCGCACUCUUCGUCGGCUUCAUGGGGCUCAUGGAGGGCAGAGAUAUGGCGGGCAUCGGCGAGAAGUUCUCGAGCGUGAGUACACAAGGUGGACAAAAGCGGAUGGAGGGCGAGCGCCACCAAAAGUGUCAGAAUGAAUCGUCUCGAACAUACCUGAUUCGCCUCGAUCGUACCGGCAUCAGAUGUACUGGCCCGCUCUUUUAGCGAAUUGGCAAGUUUGGCCCCUGA